GUUUACCUCAUUAUGAUUGGAUUUUUUGGAUGGAUAUGGAUGCUGUUAUUGCGAAUCAUGAUAUUAAAAUCGAUCAAUUGUUUGAAAAAUUCAAAAAAAUGAUUGGAAAAGAGAAAUUUAAUGAAAUUAGUUUUGUAAUUUCUUGGCCCAAAUAUGAUUUCAUGAAACAAAGAAGAUAUUAUAAUUAUGAAUUACAAGAACAACUUGCAAUGGCUGUUCUGAUGCGAAGAGAGGAGUAUAAGGA